GUCUCCACGGCCAGCAUGGUCGCGAAUAGGUUUUUGAUUGGAGCUUCCAUGGCGGCCGCUGCCGGCGACCAGACGCUUUGGGCCGACGCGACGGAGAUCAUCUCCCAGGUCUGCCAAGAGCUCAGUCCCGGGGAGCUCAUCCAUGGCGAGAAUUUCAGCCUCUUCGAAUCAAUGUCGGCUCUCGAGAUUAUGGAUCCCAAGAUGGAUGGAGGGAUGGAUAUUGGAGGACCUAAGUCUGUCGAGGACGCGAUUGCGAGUGAUUUGGCCCCGACCGACUUGUCCAUCGCGCAGAUCAUCGAUAUUAUGGAUCAUCUUCUCUCGUGUGAGGCUACUUGGCACAGGGGUCAUUCCUUAGCACAAACAGUUUUCUCGAGCAUCUACAUGCUCAAGCUGGUGCACGCCUCGUCAAUGCCGGUCUUGCAUGCGUACUGCAAGAUCACUCGAGCAAGCUGCAACAUCGUAAGAACAGCCGUGGCUUUGGCUCACACUCACGAGGAGGAAGAUCUCUUUGUUAUUUCCUUCGGACUUCCAAUCGACCACGAUGACGCGGAUUGCCUGGCGGUUCUCAACGGGGCGGAGGAAAUGUGUGUACGAAGUUUGAGAUCGGCGUCUGGGAAGAAGGCUGCGAGCGACGCACGAAGCUCGAAGUCGGCGUCUGGGAAGAAGCCCGCAAGUGGUGUUGUUCCCCUACAGGAAAACCCAGAACUCGAAGCCGAUUAUUGCCAGAGUGUGCUCAGUCGUCUCCGCUUUCGAAAGGCUUUCAGUCAAAUACACGUUCAUAUGAACAAGCCACAAGGGAAAGGCCUAGAAACUGCAAGAAAACACAUUGCCACGGCUCUGACUGAGCUCUCACUCAUCCGGGAGUCAAGAGCUUUUCUCUCUUCUCAGCAUGCUUCUCAAGAUCCAAACAAUCUUUCGUCUACAACAGCCUCGGGGCGUGGUGUGGUUGGCUUUUUCGAAAACAUUAACCGGUCCCUUUUGCCACCGACUCCUCCCCGCUCGAUGAAACUGCUCCCAUGGUCCGAGGCCUUGGACUAUUUUGUGCGCUUGCUGAAUGAUUUGGAUCGCGUGUGCUCGGUGCCGCUCGAUAUCGAACUCGAAGAACUCAUGCAGCUGAUUGUUGAUUUUCAAAAGUCACAUCCAGAUCUUGUGGCAAGGGCCCGAAUGCAGCGUCUUGUAAUUCAAGACAACAAGCUGUUUGGUAUCCGGCCUAUGAAUGAUGUGAUUUACAAGGCUGCUUAUUCUCGUCAUGAGGCUCCUCGCGACGAUGUGCUGGAGAAUUCUUUUCAGCAAGCUGGAUGGUUAACGCUCACUUUGCUGAAGGUAUUGUGCGCACAUCCGGCAUGGCAAUGCCGGAAGCUCGGGAAGAGUUUAGACGAAUGGAGUGAUUUGUUUCAUCAAGUGGAUGUUCUUGGUAUGUCUUCGGAAGAAUUCAAGAAGAAGUGUGAGCCUUUUACGACAUGGAUAGGCUGCCAGGCUUCUUGGAUCGCAAAGCAAUACUUAAUGCUGGGAUUCGACCUUGGCUUGUAUUCGUCAGAUGACUAUUGCAUGGUCUAUCGGUACCUUGAUCACGUCCUGCUGACAUAUUUGCACUACAAACUGGCGAAAGAGAAGGAAAAGGACGAGGAACAGUCUGAAGAAAAGAAGCCGUCAUCACUUGUAGCAGCCAAGAAGAAGUCGAAAAAGAAAAAACCAGGAAAGAACCCAGACCCAAAAAUUAUCUUGCUGCAUUGCCUGAGCGACCUCUGCAAAGGAUAUAUUUGGAUGCUUGACGGGCUGAUCAAAGACGGUAAAAUCCAGCAAAGAAAAAUGGAAUUCACCACCGAGCGAGAGAGAUAUACUCAACGAUUCGAGCUGCUGCUGAAAUUGUUGGUACCGUCGCCACUAUCGUUUGCUCGUUUCAAAGAAACUACAAGACUACGGCAGUACUCGGCCAGUGAUCUCUACCAGUAUGCAUGCAAGCAGUUCAUGGCUGUGGAGCAGUGCUUGCGAAACUUGAGCAUAUCACGCGGUGAAACUCCGGAGUUGAGCCACGCGCAAAGCAUUUUGGAGAUAAAGCAGCUCGAGCAGGUUGUGUCGAGGAACAAAGUAGCGCUCCAGAUUGUGGACAGAUCUCAGCCAGGCGAAACGCUCAAGGUGUCGUUGCAAUUCUCACAACACCCAGCCUUUGGCGUCAUCGUCGUCAAGAAUUCGUGAGGCGCCAGAGUAAACUUUUUCUUUUUUCUGAAAGAUUUUUGCCAUUGACGAUCAUGGUGUGUGUAGCUUUGGCUAUACUAAACGAUUUUCACAAGCUCAAAGUCA